AUGAGCACAAACCUUCAAGUGAGGCUAUCAAUACUUCAGUCACGCAAGCAUAAAAUGUUAAUCAAUCAUUUUAAGCAAUAUCAAAUUAGUAAAUAAGCAGAUAGCCUACUGGAUAGAGAUAAGUUACCUCAUCAGGUGGAUAACCUCAUCUUGAGAUCGCUUAGAACAAAGUAAAAGGGACAAUUUCUUCUUAUUAAAAUUUAGGCAAGAUCGAACAAAUAAGUUGCUGAGGUCUAUUCACAAGGUUUAAUCAAGUCAAAGGGUUAAAUUAAUGGGCGUGAUUAAUAAUCAAAUGGAAAUUAGCAUCGUGGCCUUAGAAGACAUCAUGAACUAUCAAGCAAGCUGAAACUGGCAGGAGCAGCAUCUUUACAAAGGGAACCUCGAGAAAGUAGUCUUAAGAAUGGAAUUAAUAUCAGUCAUGAGCCACCUACGCUAAAUUCACACAUAAACACACUCCCCUUAUCUAGUGGAAUCAUUUAAAAACAAGGUUUGAUAGGAACAUCUAAUGGGGCAAAUUCACAUCUUAAUGCUAAUAAUGGUUAUAAUAUAAACCUUCAUAAUGCCCCCAGAAUUAUCCUUAGUGGAAAUGACUCUCCUCUCAAUAGAUAGAAUGGGUCUUAAUCGAAUAAUUAAAUAACACUAACUUCCUCGAGGAAUAACCCUGGAGCUGGUUAACAGAGUAAUGCCCCAACCACCACUCAUUAACAAUAAAUUAAUCAGUAAAGACUUGGGGAUUAACUUCCUAUACAAAAACUUAACAAAAACUAAUCUCGAAAUAAUAUGGAUCACAGAUAGUCAAUAUCAUUUGAAGGUUAAUAGUAACAAUAACCGUAAAGUCAAAAUCAAAAUUAGUCAUUAAAGGAUUCUCUUCUUUAAAAAGAGAAAGAUUCUGGAGUGAGAAAUCCAUAUUUAGCCUCAGCUAAAGGAUAACUUAAAAACAACAAGGCUUAGCAAAAACUUAGAGAAAAGAGUUUGAAUGUUUUCCAAUCAAAUUAGAGCUCUAAUACAAAUACAAAUAACAAUAGUCUAAAUAAAAACUAGAAACCGCCCAUCUAUCAAGAAUCUAGCAACCAUAAGACAUCAUCUUCUAAAGCAAGUCCUAAGUCUAGGAUUAACAAUGGAUAGGAUUCACAUACUAUCUCUGGAAAUAUUCAAUCUAGCAGCAUUUAAAAGCCUACUGAAAAAGGAUUAUAAAGGAAUAACAGCGUGUUUAGUAGGAGAGAUCUCAUCAAGCAAGAAUAUGAUAGAAUUAUUGAAAAUAGAUUGCCGAACAUCAUCAACUUGAUUAACCAAGACAAGCAUUCUUUACAAAAUCCGUCAAAGGAAAAUAACAAUAACAAAUCAUUUAGCAACGAAAUAAUGGAGUAUGAUGACACUGAACUAUUUUCUCAAAUUUUUUCAAAGGAAAAACUCACAAAACACAUACUAUUUCAUCAACCAUACAUGGGAGGAAGUUUGUUGACAGAGGCACCAACCCAUUCACUACAUGACUAGAAUUCAAACCCUAAUACAUAAGGGAAAAUAAGACCUCCACAGCCUCAUAUGACUUCCUCUCAAAGUUAGGAUAGGAUAUAUGGCCAAUAAUAGAUUUCAAAUCAUGAAUCAAAUCAAUAAGCUGUUUAGAACAGAGCUAGAAAGGCUAGAAUAGAUCAACCUAUCACUAAUAAUAGCCAUAAUACAAAUAGUAACGGUCAAGAUUCUAUGAGAUAAAGAAAGCUCUCAGUUGAAUUGAAUAAGCAUGUUGAUAUGCUUAAUAACAUUAAAGUAGGAAUCCCAGAAUACGAAGAGAAUGGAAAUAAAAAUUCAAAACAUGAUCGCUUUAACUCUAAUAACAAAAUUAAAGAUGACUCUAAAUCUACAGCUAGUGGAAUCAAAGAUGUAGAGAUCGAAAGACUUGACAAGUUGUAGCUCAUUAAUGCGAGUGCUAGAUAUGAAUUACUUUCAGUGAAUUAAUAAUUGCUAGACUUUCAUUUGAACAGAAUAGUGAAUAAGAAAUUUAAAGGUAAAAAGAAUUUGCAAAUAAAUGGGGACAAGGCUGUGCACUCACUUAAUAAAAGCAGCAUCUAGAUAUAAUAGCUAGAAAAAACUCCAAAGGAAAAUGAUAUUGAUGAAAGGAACAGUGAUGCCUAUAAUAGCGAGUUAUCAUUAAGUUUCUAGGAGUCAUCAGAUCGAAACAAAAUGGACAGAAUAAAACAGCUUGCAGCUCCACAUGCUAUUAUGCAAGAUCGAUUGAAUUCAAUGAACCCACUAACUUUCGGAGAUACUAUUCGUUUACCAAAUGUAUUGACAUUCAACGAAAAUUGA